UUGUAUUGAUGAGAAGUGUGUUAACCCAUGCAAGGUCUUAGAGCCAUGUCAUGAGUCUGCUGAAUGUAAGGUAGUUGAUACACUCCCUGUAGGACAAUGCUUUGUAUUUGUGCUGAUGGUGAAGUGACUGAUGAAGGAGGAGAAUGUGAGGUGUUACCACCAAUUAAAGCAGCAUGUGAAGUAGACCCAGAUUGUCCUUCAGAAAAAGCCUGCUUCACUGGCAUUUGCAAAGACCCAUGCCAGUGUGGUGCCAAUGCUGACUGUGAAAUUGUUGAGCACCACCCUGUGUGUACAUGCAAGCGGGGCUAUGAAGGUGAUCCAGAGAUUCGUUGUAUUGAAAUUGGUUGUUAUGGAAAUGACGACUGUCCAACAACUCAUGCCUGUCGCAAUGGUCAAUGUGCGCCAGUGUGUGGACCCAACAAUGAGCCAUGUGGGAAGGAGGCUGUAUGCCAGGGAGUUAAUCAUGAAGCAGUCUGCUAUUGCCCGCCUGGCUCACGGGGCAACCCACGAACACAAUGUAUCGCUAUUGGCUGUGUGUCUAACGAUGCAUGUCCUGAUGACCGCAGCUGCAUCAACCAACGAUGUGAAAGUCCCUGCAGUCUUGAAUUAUGCAAAGAGCCUGCCACCUGCCAUACCCAGGACCACAUUUCAGAUUGUCCUUGCCCACCUGGUUUCAAUCGUACCAUUGAUAAUGGUUGUGAGAUGUUGGUGAUAGGGUGCAGGUCAGAUGUAGAGUGCCCAAGUAAGACAGUAUGCAUUAAUGGUAAGUGCAUUGACCGUGUGGCCUCGACCCCUGCGGUGAGAACACCGAGUGCCGAGUGAUCGACACAGUGCCAGUGAGGACCAUUGCCUGUGAGUGUCUGCCGGGAUA